AUGGCCUGGAGCGUGGCUUGGAGGAGGGAGGGCGAGAGAGCGCGUCGGGCCUGCAUGGGCGAGGCACAGGCGGUGGUGAUGGGGGAAGGCUCACAUGUGGGCGUGUGGUGGGGGCGGGGUGGUGUGCAGGAGGCGCAUGGCGAGGAGUCAGGCAGCAAGCGGCGGGCAGUGCAGGCGCGAGAAGUGGCCUCGGGGCACACAGCAGAGCAGGUAGCAUGCCAGACGGCCGGUCACAAGAAAUGGAUCCGUUCCUGCUCGCACAGCACGUCACCCGCUGCGCGCCUGCUCUCGCCCUCGCCCCCCGCCAUGCUCGCUGCCCCGCACGACCCUUUUGCCGCCCAGCAGCUGCCCUCUCUCGCCGCGGUUCCGUACACACGAGCUUCCUUGCAGGCGCUCCCAGUUGCGUCGGUCUCUCAUCCCGUCGCUUACCACUCACUGCUGCCCUCUUUGCUGCCCGGUGCUGCUGCCACCACCAGACUAGCGGGUGGUUUUGCAUCCCCGCCCAUGCCUUCGCCCAUGCACAUGCCUUCGCCCAUGCACAUGCCUUCGCCCAUGCACAUGCCCUUUCACGGGCCUGCGCAUGAGGCCAUGGUCGUGGCAGUGCCCCGGCCUGUGCGUGCGCGCAUGCACAAGGGCAAGAGCGAUGUGGGCAUGGACGAGGUGAGGCAGCUCGUGCUCGCCCUCGCUGAAGCCAUCGCCACCGCUGACAUGGUCAGUGCCCCCUCCCUGCUCUCUUCUCCCCCACUAUCCAUCCCUCCCUCCCUCCUUCCCUCCCUCCCUCCCUCCCUCCCUCCCUCCCUCCCUCCCUCCCUCCCUCCCUCCCUCCCCUCCCUCCCCUCCCUCCCUCCCUCCCUCCCUCCCUCCCUCCCUCCCUCUAUCCCUCCGCUCUCUCACCACCCCAUUUAA